AUGGCUUCCGAUGACGCGCGAGAUUAUAAGGCACUCUUCCUACAGGCAGAGGAGCAGGCAAGACAGGAAAAGGAACGACGACUACGAGCGGAAGAUGAACGACAACGGGCAGAAGAAGAGCGUCAACAGGCAGAAGAAGCACUACAACACGCAGAAGAAGCGCGUCAACAUGCAGAAGAAGCGCGACAACACGCGGAAGAGCGUACCCGGCUCACGUCGUUUGAAGAAUUUAUUCAGACUUGUCAUAACCUACUAUCUCUACCCAUAAAGGUGCGAGAUCCCGCGCGCUCAACUAGAGGGUCGAUCCCAAAGCCAACCGGGAAGUUAUGCCCUACCUACCUUCGCCCCUGGUCAAGCCCAUUUCUCCUAGAUGAAACAUAUCGCCGCGUUAAUCACCACUUUCAGCCUACUGACAAGUUGUUUCCUUCUUUGGCUGAACUCGAAGCCGUUGCACGGAGAUGCAGUCGUCCCCUAGGAAGUGAGAAAGACCUUGAAUUCUACGCGCAUAUUGCUGUGGAACAGCAUGUCCAGGAUGUGAUCAUGGAGUUGUGCAACAAACCGCAGGCUCGAGAUCGUUUUGCUCUUGGGGAGGCAGUUGUAUUCGAAAACCAUGCACACACUAUUGAUGAAGACGACGAUGCGUCAGAUCAGUCAGGAGCGCGGCGCCCUAUACCGGACCAGUUUUGUGUUCAUAGAGUUGAUGGUGGCAACUACACGCUACUUACAACAGUUGAGUAUAAACCACCUCACAAGCUGUCGGUUGAAAAUCUUGCCGCUGGCCUCAGACCAAUGAAUCUCUGGGAAGAGGUAGUCCAGCUGGAUACUAUUCCGACUGAUGUAAAGGCAAAGCUACAAUAUAAUGCUGAACAGAUAACAGCAUCAACUCUGGUCCAGGAAUUCCAUGUGAUGAUCAAUGAAGGGCUCGAGUUUUCAUAUAUUACCAAUGGAUUGGCCUAUGUUCUGCUUCGGGUGUAUGAAAAUGACCCGACCACGCUUUACUACCACUUCUGCAAUCCUAACAAAGAGGUUGGUUCGGAUACGUUAUCGAGGACAGCUAUCGCUCGAGUGCUCUGUCUCUGCCUGAUGAGCUGCCGCUCGCCAGUUCGGAACCAAGAUUGGCGAAAUAAUGCUAGGCAGCAGCUAAAUGUGUGGGAAACAAGCCUCGAUUAUGAAAGAGGUCGUAUACCAGACGAUGAGCUAAAUAAAACUCCUCCGAGCCCUGGAAAUGCGCCGUCCUCUCCAUAUAUACCGUCCUCUCCGCUGAGCUCUCCGACUGCAGACCAUUACCGCCCAGUAACUCGAUCCCAGGCCGGCUGUGCACCUCAAAGCACAACUGCACAUCCUCCAGAGCACACAGAUUCCGACUCCGACUCCCCCCAGGCGGCUGCCGGAAGGAAGCGAAACUUCAGCGAACUAACGGCAUCGCUGCCCGGUCAACAACGGUCGCGCCAGAUGGAACGCAGGGGAAGUCAGAGUCAGGGAAGCUAUAGGGAAGAACCGCACGUUGAGCUAUUUUGCACGCAGAAAUGCUUGCUUGGCCUGAAGCGUGGUGACAACCUGGAUAUCACCUGCCCAAAUGUAGAGAGGCAUAGAUCGGUAGCUGGAGGGGACAAACACCCUAUCACCACGGAGCAACUGGUGAGUUUGAUAAAGCAACAGCUUGAUACGACCCUUAACCGUGAUUGCUCGCCCUUUGGUAGCUCUGGCUCGUACGGAGCGCCAUUCAAAGUUACUUGCCGCCGGUAUGGUUAUACAGUCGUGGGAAAAGGUACAACCUCAUACCGCUGGAGUGAAGUAUCAAGCGAAGCAACUAUAUACCGUAUCCUUCGCGAUUUACAGGGGUCUGCAGUCCCCGUUUUUCUAGGACCAAUCGACCUUAAAAUGAUAUAUUACUUACACGGUGUGGGGGCCAUCCAACAUAUGCUGCUCAUGGGCUGGGGAGGAGAGCACACAAGCGGACAUAAGUCCACUAAGGAACUUCUCAGACAAAUCAGACGGUCAGAAAAAGAGAUCCGCGCGUUAGGAGUGCAUCAUGGUGACUUUCGCAGGGAAAACGUUCUAUGGAAUGAAGAGCUGGGGCGAGCACUGAUCAUUGACUUCCACCGCUGCAAACUCGUCCGACCUGAUAGGAAGAAACGCUCGGCGGACGGAAAUGGGCUCCUAGAAAGCAAGAGUGAGAAAAAGAAGGCCGUUCUGUGCGGUAUUCCAACUGUUGUAAAUGUACCUAAUGAUAUUUAA